AUGUGGUACCACGUUGCAGAGCCGAAUUCCUACCUCGUAAUCACGGGAGUAGGAAUUGAAAAGGUUCUAAUCAAGAAAAAGGCAUUCAUCUACCCUCUGCAAAAAGUCUCCAAAAUCUCGAUCACACCGUUCGACUUUUCCAUGUCGCUGCAGGCUAUGACGAUCGAGAAGCUGAAAUUCUCCUUACCAGCAGUCUUCACAAUCGGUCCUGCGGAUAACCCAGAAGCUUUGGAAAAGUAUGCUGUUUUGCUUACAGGCGAAAGUGAUGGCAGACCAACACAAACUGCAUCAAAGGGAGUGGUUGCGGUAGCUGAGGGACGCAGCCAUGUCCAGGAUAUUGUCAAGGGAAUCAUUGAAGGUGAGACAAGAUCAAUUGUUUCCACGAUGACCAUGGAGGAGCUGUUCCGCGAGCGCAGAAUCUUCAAGGAAAAGGUCAUUCAACAGGUGCAAUCUGAGCUCGACCAGUUCGGUCUCUGCAUCUACAAUGCAAACGUCAAGGAACUACAAGACACGCCAGGGUCAGAGUACUUUGCUUUUCUCUCACGCAAGGCACACGAGGGUGCUCUGAAUCAAGCAAAGGUCGACGUUGCCCACGCCCGCAUGCAGGGUGAGGUUGGCGAGGCUGAAAAGCAGGGCAAGACCAAGCAGGAAGUGGCCAAGAUCCACGCCCAAACUGCUGUCCUAGAAACCGAGCGCAAGGCCGAAAAGGCUACGGCAGAUGCGAAGUUUACCGACAAGGAGAUUGAGAUUAGCAGGGACCUUAACGUAGCCAGGAUCAACGCUAAGCGCGAAGCUGAACGCCGCGAUGCAGAGCUUCAAAUGGAAGUCGAGAAGAAGAGGGCACUCAUGGAGCUUGAGCGUCUCCGAGCUACCAAGGUCGUUCAGGCGAAGAUUGAGAAGGAGUCUUCGCAACAAAAGGCUGAUGGAGAACUCUAUGCACAAGAAAAGGCCGCAGAGGGCAAAAAGUAUAGCGAGCAAGCCGAAGCGGAGGCGGUCGCCUUCCGUCGCCUGCGUGAUGCAGAGUCGAACUUCCAAGCCAAGGAGCGCGAGGCAGAAGCCAACUUCAUCGUCUCUAAACGAGCCGCAGAGGCUGAAUACUAUGCCCGGGAGCGCCAUGCUCAAGCUGAGCUCAUCACGCAGCAACGCCAAGCAGAAGGUCUAUCCGCAAUGGCAAAGGCCUACGGCGACAUGGCCAAUGUUCUGGGUGGACCUCAAGGCCUAAUGCAGUACCUCAUGAUCACCAACGGCACCUACGAGAAGCUGGCUCUAGCAAACGGCCAAGCCAUCAGGGGUCUGCAGCCUAAGAUCAAUGUCUGGAACACUGGAAACCAAGGGGGUGAGGGCAUGGCUGAUCCUGCAGCUCCGAUCCGCAAUCUUUUCCAGAGUCUGCCUCCUCUGCUUAGCACCAUCCACGAUCAGACUGGUAUGGCGCCGCCCACCUGGCUGGCUCAGAUGCCGCAGAACGGUGAUAUGAGCAAGAUGCAUUUGAGGAACGGCAGUGAUGUUUCCUCAUAG